AUGUUUAACAUUAACGAUAAAGAGGAAUUGAAUAAAUUCGUUCAGACUGCUAACGAACAACAAACGAUCAGGAAUCAUUUUUCUCCUGAUCUGUCAGAGUUUGGAGUCGUCAUUCUUGUCCAGGUUCAUAAAAGACCGGGCGACCUCAGGAUUCUUAUCGAUUCUUUAAAAAGCGUGAAAGGAAUCGAAAAAACUUUAGUGGUUUUUAGUCACGAUGUUGUUUUACCCGAGGUCCAUAAACUUAUUCAAGACAUUCAAUUUUGUCCUGUGAUGCAAAUAUUUUUCCCAUAUGCUAUUCAGCUUUACGAUGGUCGCUUCCCAGGCGAUUCCAAAAAUGACUGCCCAAGAGAUAUAUCAAUGAAAAAAGCCAAAGAAAUAAAGUGCAAUAACGCAGACAAUCCUGAUAAAUUCAAGCAUUAUAGAGAAGCGAAAUUCACUCAGAUGAAACAUCAUUGGUUGUGGAAAAUUCAUUUUGUGUUUAACAACGUUAAAAUAUUACAGAAGUUUAAAGGUAUGGUUUUACGUUUAGACAAUGAUUAUUACCUCGCCCCAGAUAUAUUGCAUAUAAUUACUUUAAUGCGAAAACAUAGCAUGGAGCAUGAUGAAAAUAUGUUUAUUCUUGGAAAUCAUGAAAUAUUUAGUGGUGAAAGUUAUAGUGAUGUGUCUGUUAUAUCUAAUAACUGGUUUACUGGUGUUGGAAGAGGUAUGGCCUUUACCAGAGAAUUGUGGCAACAAAUUGUGGCUUGUAUCGAUAUUUUCUGCUCCUUUGAUGACUAUAAUUGGGAUUGGAGCUUACACAAAGUCGUAACAGAUUGUAUAAAAGGUCUAAAAGUUAUGAAACCAAAAGCUAGUCGGAUAUUUCAUGUGGGACAGUGCCAUGGUUUCCAUAAACACAGUAUGUGCACUUCUGAAGAAAUAUUAACUCGAAUAACAAAGUAUUUAAGAACAAAUAAAGAGUUUAUGUUUCCCCAUAAACUGAUAUUUGACAAACGUAUAAAUAACGCAGUGAAUAAUGUAAGUGGUUAUGGAGGAUGGGGGGAUCCUAGAGAUUAUAAGCUAUGUAAAGCAAUAGUUUCAUCUGCUAGUCAAGCUGAACAUGUGAUACGUUCAAUUAAUAAAAGCCAUCAACUCAAAUGA